UGCCAAAAGUUGUGGUUCUUAACAAGUUUUUAAUACACCCCAAAAAUCAUCUUCACCAAAAGCCAAAACCCAUUUCAUCAAUCAAUCAAACACACAACCCCUUAUACCCUUUGUUUUCUCUCUCCAUUAAACUCCCAACUUUGAUCAAAAAAGUUAAUUUUUUUUUAAAUAUUAAACUUCCAUUUUUGUUAUAAUUGACCAAAUUCUCAUGUAAUUUUCAAAAAAAUAUAGGAAAAGUUCAAAAUUUUACCAUUAUCAUAAUUACUUCCCCUUUUUUAUCUAACAAAAUUACCCUUCUUCCCCCAUAAAUUUGAACCCUUUCUUUCUUUUCAUCUUCCCUCAUAACCUUCUCCUUAUUUUUUCCCUUUCUCUUUCUUAAUUUUUCUGUUCUAAUGGAGUCAUAUGAAGCAACAAGAUCAGUAUUUUCUAGAGUGCAAAGUAUAGAUCCAGAAAAUGCUUCAAAAAUCAUGGGUUAUAUACUUCUUAACCAUGGAGAGAAAGACAUGAUAAGGUUUGCUUAUGGACCUGAAACUAUCAUUAUUUCUAUAGUUAAUAGAGCAAAAAAUGACUUAGGACUUUCAUCAAACACUUCAUCUUCAUCAAUGGUUAGCCCUACUUCAAACCCUAUUGCAAUUUCUAGACCUAACCCACUUUCCCUUCCUCUUUCUUCUCCAAGAUUAGCCAACAAUGGUUUUAACCCAUCUUCUCCUUCUUCUCCUUCUCUUUGGUCUCAUUUAAGCCCUAAUAAUGGUAGUAAUCCUUCUUAUGCUGCUGUAGUUAAUGGAAGUUGUAGUGCCCACAAUGGGUCUUUUUCAUCUUCAAUUGGGUCUCCACAAAUUGGGUUUUCUGGGAAUAAUAGUAGUAAUAACGGUAACAGAGAGAAUUUUAUGGAUGAUUUUCACCAUUUACAAGACCAAAAUCUUAACUUUUUAAACGACCCAUUGAGUAUGAGUUCAAAAAGUAUGGAUUUUUAUGAGCAAUCUAUGGAUUUAGCUAUGAGUCCUGGUUGUAGGAGUGAUUCUAUGUUAUACCCAUAUUGGGAAAACUCGAAUAAUGGUGAAAAUCACCCUCAUUUUCAUCGUAGAAGUGCUUCUUUUAAUGAUAUGUAUUACGGAACUGAUGAUUCUACUUCUGGGUUUGGGUUCAAACCUUGUCUUUAUUAUGCUAAAGGAAAUUGUAAAAAUGGUAGUACUUGUAAGUUCGUUCAUGGUGAAAAUUCUAGUGAUGCCAUUGUUGGUUCUCCUUGCAAGUAUGAAGUAUUUGAACAGUAUCAAGAAGAGAUUUUUAGGUCUAAAAUUGCUCAUCAACAAAGAAUUGCUGCUCAGUUAAUGUCUGGUGGUAUGAAUUCACCCUACAACAAAUUGAAUUUCCUUCCAACUGAUGCUCAAAGAUCUGCAGCAGCUGCAAUGAUGAUGGGUGAAGAGUUUCAUAAGUUGAAUAGAGUUAGAAUGGCAAGAAAUGAGUUUUCUGGGUUGGAUUCAAAUCCUGGUUCAAGGCAGAUAUACUUAACAUUCCCUGCUGACAGCACUUUCAAAGAAGAAGACGUUUCCAAUUAUUUCAACUUAUUUGGACCAGUUCAAGAUGUAAGGAUCCCGUAUCAACAAAAGAGAAUGUUUGGAUUUGUUACAUUUGUAUAUCCAGAGACUGUUAAGAUAAUCUUAGCUAAAGGAAACCCUCAUUUUGUAUGUGAUUCUCGAGUGCUUGUUAAACCAUACAAGGAGAAGAGUAAACUUCCUGACAAGAAACAACAUCAUCAACAAUUGGAAAGGGGAGAGUUUUCUUCAUGUUCUAGUCCUUCUGGUCAUGAUGGUAGAGACCCUUAUGAGUUUCAACUUGGUGGAAGAAUGUUGUAUAGUACACAAGAAAUGUUGAUGCGGAAAAAGUUAGAGGAAGCCGAUUUACAACAAGCUAUUGAACUUCAAGGAAGGAGGCUUAUGAAUUUGCAAUUUUUGGAUUUGAAGAAUCAUCAACACCAACACAAUGCUAGUGUUGGAUCUCCUAUUCCCUCGCCUAAUCUUCCUCAAAUGUCGUCAGGCCAAACCGCUCCUCCCGUCUCUAACGGUUUCAAUCAAGAUGCUUUCGAAGAUAAUAAUGGAAGUCCAUCUCAUGAACAAGUAGCUGAGGGAGUCAAUGUUGCUGUGAGUGAUUGCAAUGGAAAUGAGGAAAAGCCCAAAACUGAAGAAAAUGAGCUGUCUGAAAGUGGGUUAGAACAUAUUCUUCCUGAUAACCUCUUUGCUUCCCCGAAAAAAUCUGCUUCCGAGCAGCGAUCAUCGUCACUUUUCUUCUCCGACCUCGAUAAUGGUGGUUCUAAUGCAAUCCCGACCUCGUCAUCAACAGCUAACGACUCAUCGAUGCCCGUUUCGUCUCCUCUUAGUUUGGCUCCUCACAAAUCGUGUUUCUUUGAACUUCCUAGGCUUUCAACCAGCCAAGGAGCCCUAGGGAUUUAGCUUUUAGUUCCACCGAUUGUGGACAGCAACUUGGGGAUUUUGUACCUUGUUUGUAAAAAAGCUUGACAAUCAAUAUGCAAGAUUGGAGGGAAGUAAAGGAAAUCUCCAAAGUUGUACAGCCAAAAAAACCCAACCCAACCCAACCCAUACUCAACAUCAAAGGAAAAAAAAAAGAUCAACUAGGAAGGUGUUCACAGAAAGAUCACUAUCAUCAACCUUAUCAUCAUCAUUAUGAUCAUGAAAUACAUAAUAGUUUUUCCCUUUUUUAAAUUUUUUUUUAUUUUGUUUACAAGAAUAUAUAAAAAUGCAUAAUUAGGGGUACAGAUAGACUGAUUUAAUGAGAGUGGGGAGUCUGUCAUGACUUUUGUACGUUCUCUGUAGGUGUGUACUGCUACUGGACCACACAAAAGGAUAAAAAAGAAAAAGAACUAGUAGUAUUUUUACUAGUAUAUGAUCUAAAGGAAAAAUAGCCAACUUUUUUUAGUGGUAACAUUUUGAUUAGAGUUUUAUAUGAAUAUAUAUAACAGAAUUUCUACAUUUUCUUGUCUUUC